AGCAUGGCAACGUCAAUCCAAGCACAUCACACUGUUAAUUAAAAUCAUCCGGAUUUAUUACCGUACGAAGAUUGAUAUAUAACUAUAUGUAUUGUUGUACAGAUAUAAUAGAAAAAAUUCAUAAUUGUCACAUUUAUCUCUACAAGGAUGUUUCGAAUUUAUUAGCAAGUGGAAAAAUAUCGGAGGCAAGAUGGUCCUAGGCAUUUGCUUAGUUAUUUUUGCGACUUCAUCGACCGUCCAUUCCGCGGUGCCAGCAAGUAUCAGGAAUCACCCAAAGUUUAUAGCAGCUACUCAGGCCGACGGACGUACUGGGGAUGCGCUUUCAAGUGCUGUGGAUGAACGAUAUAUUGUAUAUUUCGAAAAAUCUCAAAUCAAUAGAAAAUCAAAAGCUCAAAGUUAUAUCAACAACUUGCUCAACAAUGAUGAUACCUUGCAACAAGGAUCGCCACCAACAGCUGACGUUGACAUGUUCUCGCGGGCAGGCUGGGGUAUUCGCUGCACUAGCGGAAAGACGACCAUAAGUGAAAUAAUCUGGCCGAUGAUGGGAAUUGUUGUGACAUGUGCAAAAGAAGGCACACUUCUCACGAUUAUAAACGAUACAGUGAUAAAAAAGAUCGUACAGGAUAGCAUUGUGUACUCUCUCGGUGGAAGAAAAAGGAAAAAACCUAGACGUAAAAACAAAACCCCACGACCACCACCUCCACCAUCACCACCGCCACCCGGGCCACUUUGGCCCGAAUGGCCACCAGAACCCACUCUGGCACCGUUUGAGCCGUAUCCAGACUGGCCAGAGCUUACACCUUAUCCCCCCGAUCCUUGGACAUGGCCACCUGUAGAGACCACGACUACCCCUUGGUGGUGGUGGUGGACUCCUGUUCAAACCACGACUACUCAAACACCUAGACCUCCUCUAACACCAUGCAGGUGGUGGUGGUUGUGCGAUCCUGAUUCUCUUACAACAUCAACAACUACCACCCCCACGCCACGAACAACAACGACGACGUCCACAACAACCUCAACUACUCCAACAACAACAAUAAUCGAUCCGACUACAACAAGAAAACCUACCACCACUCGAAAGCCGACUACCACUCGAAAGCCAACUACAACUCGAAAACCAAUUACCACUAGAAAGCCUACAACUACAACUAGAAUAACUACAACCGGUUCAUCGUCAUGUUCAGGACUACGGCAGUAUACUCUCAAAAAUGAUAAUACAUCAAACUGGGGCCUUGAUAGAAUAAAUCAAGAAACAAAUCAACUGGACAAUAAAGCAUCUAUAUAUGGUGAUGGAGAGGGUGUGGAUGUAUACAUUAUAGAUAUGGGUAUACGAUCAGAUCACGUUGAGUUUACUGGACGUAUAGAUAAAACAGUAUGGUUUAACUAUGUUGAUAACACAACUACUCCCGAAGAUGAUAGUUUUAAUUCACAUGGUUCCCACAUCUCAGGAAUCGCCGCAGGUACAAACUCUGGUCUCGCAAAAAAGGCAACAAUAAUAACAUUCAAAGUGUUAGACCAAUGGGGUUCCGGUUAUACCAGUGAUGUGAUAGCUGCUAUCGGCAAAGCCAUUGAGCUGAAGCAAAGUCGUAAAAAGCCUUCGGUUAUAAAUUUGUCUUUGGGUGGACCACCGACUCAGGAGAUGGAUGACGAAGUUAUACGUGCUGUAGACAAUGGCAUCUUUGUAAGUGUUGCUGCUGGUAAUUCAGCCAGUAAAUGGAAUACGUUGUCACCUGCUGGGGAACCAAAAGCCUUUACCGUUGCUAAUCUGAAGAAAGAUGAUUUCCUUCGCGAAGACACUAAUUAUGGUGCCGGGAUUGACAUUGCAGCGCCAGGAACAGACAUUAUGAGUGCUACAAAAGACUCCGCUACCAGCUAUGGCGAGCUAUCGGGGACGUCCCAGUCCGCCCCGUUUGUAGCGGGCAUGGCAGCGUGUUAUUUGAGUUUGAACCCAACCGCAACGGUAACACAAGUGACAAACUAUUUGAUCAACAGGUCGUGGAAAGGCAAGAUAAAAACUGAUAUUCCCACGUUCAAGCCAAAUACUCCAAACAGGAUCCUUCGCUCUGACGGCUGUGGUUAAGAUAUGGUGACGAUUCAACAGCAAUGGAUUCCCAUUGGAAUUGUGGAUAAAAAGUCCAUUUGGAAAUCAUCAUUGUAUUUAUAAAGACUUUUGAAAUAAAGUGGUGA